CUCGGUGAAGUCCCGACUGGGCGGCUCCGGGAGAUCGGGCGCAGCGCCCGCAGGUCGGGGCUGGGCGGGCAGGACCCAAACCCGGUUCUCUGGGCCGCUCACUCGGCCGGGGCCCCGCAGCCACGCCGAGCGCGCACUCACACUCCGUCCCUGCGCGCGGCUGGCGGUGGGCGCGAUGGACGCGGCGCUGCUCCCCAGCCUGCUGGAAGCCAACUGCAGCCUGGCGCUGGCCGGAGAGCUGUUCCCUGACGGCUGGGCGCCGGCCCUGGACCCCGAGGGUCCCCACUCCUACUGCAACGCGACCUUGGACCUGAUCGGGACGUGCUGGCCCCGCAGCGCCGCCGGAGCCCUGGUGGAGAGGCCAUGCCCCGAGCACUUCAAUGGCAUCAAGUACAACACCACGGGAAAUAUCUACCGAGAGUGCCUGGAGAAUGGGACCUGGGCCUCACGGCUCAACUACUCGCAGUGUGUGCCCAUUUUGGAGGACAAGCAGUGGAAGUAUGAACUGCACUACUACAUCGCCCACAUGGUCAACUACCUGGGCCACUGCGUUUCUAUGGCAGCCCUUAUGGCCGCUUUCCUGCUUUUCCUCGUCCUGCGGAGCAUUCGCUGUCUUCGGAAUGUGAUUCACUGGAACCUGAUCGGCACCUUUAUCCUGCGAAACGCCACGUGGUUCCUGCUGCAGCUCAUCGACCCCGAAGUGCACGAGAGCAAUGAGGUCUGGUGCCGCUGCAUCACCACCGUCUUCAACUACUUCUUGGUGACAAACUUCUUCUGGAUGUUCGUAGAGGGCUGCUACCUGCACACGGCCAUCGUCAUGACCUACUCCACCGAGCACCUGCGCAAGUGGCUCUUCCUCUUCAUCGGAUGGUGCAUCCCUUGCCCCAUCAUCAUCGCCUGGGCCCUGGCCAACCUCUACUAUGAGAAUAAACAGUGCUGGUUUGGGAAGGAGCCGGGCGACCUACUGGACUACAUCUUCCAGGGCCCCAUCAUCCUCGUGCUCCUGAUCAACUUUGUGUUUCUGUUCAACAUCGUCAGGAUCCUAAUGACAAAACUACGAGCAUCCACCACGUCAGAGACGAUCCAGUACAGGAAGGCGGUGAAGGCCACCCUGGUGCUCCUGCCGCUUCUGGGCACCACCUACAUGCUCUUCUUGGUCAACCCCGGGAAGGAGGACGAGCUGUCGCAUAUCGUGUUCAUCUACUUCAACUCCUUCCUGCAGUCAUUCCAGGGCUUCUUCGUGUCUGUCUUCUACUGCUUCUUAAACGGAGAGGUGCGCGCAGCCGUGAAGAAGAGGUGGCACCGGUGGCGGGACCAUCACUCCCUCCGAGUCCCAGGGGCCAUGUCCAUCCCCACCUCACCCACUCGGAUCAGCUUCCACAGCAUGAAGCAGACGGCCGCUGUAUGACCCUGCGUGUCACCCACUCGCCC